GGGUUAGGCUUUACCUCGCCAUCCUAGAUUAUCAAAAAAACACUACCGUAAGCAGUUAAUUUAGCAUCCUAUAGUUGUAGUUGUAGCGGACAGCAGUGUUAAAACUUUGUGACGUUUAAAAAAAAAUAAAAUAAAAAUACACCUGUAAAUUAAAUGGAGAUGGCUGACGGCAGUGAGAAAGACGACAUGUUUGACAGCAUUAUUAUGGCGGAGGAGAGGUUUCGCGGGGACGGGUACCGGGAUGGCUUCGAGAGAGGCUCCCGCAGAGGGCUGCAGGACGGCCGCAGACACGGGGCCUCUCAUGGGGCCAAACUGACCACUGAGAUUUCCUUCUAUUACGGUUUCGCCAUCACAUGGAAAUGUCUCCUGCAACACAAUACAGAUGUCAAAUCAAGGAAGCGUCUGAAAGCACUGGAGACUCUGCUGAGUUUGAUCCAAACCUCUCCUUAUGAUGACUCACAGUCUGAAAGUCUGCAGAAGGACGUGGAGAAGCUGCGAGCCAAGUUCAGACAGGUGUGCUCCAUGCUCAGCGUCCCCACUGACUUCAAAGACUACGUCAAAACAACAGAGGGAACUUCUUUCUGAAUGUCUGCUGCUGCUGCUGCUGAUGAUGAUGACGAAGAGGAGCAGAGCCGAGCUGCGCGUUCAGGACAAGCGGACAAAGCCGUUUUCGGAUUGGUCCGUGAUGUCAGACAGACGGCAGCUGCUGAUUGGUCUGCAGUGAUGGGUUUGGAGUGUGAAUCAGUGACUGUGAGUUUGAGAGAAAAUCUUUGUCUGACGUGUUGAAGAGUGAUGACAGCGCUGCAAGAAACCUGUGUGGUCAUUAAAGUGCACACAUGUUAGGAGACUUCUGCAGUCAGAGCUGAGCUGAACAGCAUGUGUGAUAGACAGAAUGAUCCAGGAAACUGAGAUUAAGAAAAAGAAAGAAUGAUGUUUCUUGGUUGGUUAAAGAGUGGAUUCAUUUCACUGCUUGUUGUGUUUGAGGGAAUGAAUUGAAAAUGAAGAAAGUAAUAAACAUCAACCAAAGAUGAGUUCUGUAAGGGUUCAUGCUGUUUACAGAAGAAAGACACAAAUAAAAUGUUAGAACAUG